AUUCCCAAACGUGGCUUUUCCCACCGUCUCUUCUAUUUUCCCUCAUUUCCCGGGAAAAUAAAUUCCAAACCCUUGCUCUUCGAUUUGCAACCGAUUCUCGAUUUCGUUUCUCAAUUCGACGAAUUUAUCAUCAUGGACGUCUCUCUCAUCGCCGACACAGUAAAUUUGGCCACCACGCAAGGCCUAGGGCUCGCCAAAUUCCUUCUUCGUCGCCACAACAACAACAACAGCCACGUCUCGAUCUCCGCCGUUCUCUUCGCCGUCGACGCUCUCGCUCCUCCGCCGGUCAAAUCGAACUACUCUCGGACCGCUCGCCGGACUCUCCUUCGGAAAAAGCGUCGCACACGGCGGAUAUCUUUUAGCGGCGAUUCCGAGGACGGCGAAGAAGACGACGGCUUUUUUGGCGACGGAGGCGACGGUCCGUUUGGCGGAGGCGCCGGCGGGGGCAGAGGAUGGAAUUUCGGUGGAUUCGGAGGGCAUUAUUGGGAUUCGUCAUCAUCGUCCUCUGAUCCCGCUUUCGAUUUCGUCUACGAGGUGAUCUACUGGAUCGCGCUCUCGAAUUGCGUGCACUUCGCGUUCAAGAAGAUCGUUCGGAUCGUAGCGGAUGGGAUCGGAGACGGCGAGAGAGAGAAGGUUCCGAUGAGGUUGUCAUCGAUUUGCUAACACGGUAUCGCUUCGCUUCUAAAUGCUCGACGUAUAAAUAGGUGGACAAUUUGGGGGUCAUUGAUGUAUAAUGUAUUUGAUGGGGCUAUUCUGAACUUGCGGUCUUCGUAUAUAUUGUAUAUAAUCUCAUUGUCUAUAAAUUGGUGAAUAAUACUUGGUCCGUUAUAAUUAUAUAUGAUUGAUUUUCAGACU